AUGGCUGCCGCAGUCUCGUCCUCCCCCAGAGAGCGCAGGCCUUCUGUUGGGGUACCCAUCUCGACUCUGCAAGGCCCUGUUGGUCCUGGCUUCUCCCGACCAAAGCACAAGCGCACAGCCACCGGUUUUGCGGCCGGAGACAUCAAGGCUGUGGAGUCCAGCAUUCCCGAGCAUAUGCGAGAGGCAUGGAGGAAAUUCUCACCUAGCGGCUUUAAGACAAAGGAUGAGUUUGAGGCAUGUAUCACCGACGUUGGGAAUUCGGGACUGCGGGCUGAAGAUUUGAUCACAGGCAGAAUGCGUCCGGCAUGUCGAGACCACAUUGGCAAGAUCCCUAUACAACUUGCCGCAUAUUCCGGAACAGCGUUGGCGUUCCGAGAUCGUCUCAUUAUCGACUGGAACAAGACUCAACAAAGGCAAACAUUCGAUGACCAAAAGAGAAUCUACUACUUGUCACUCGAGUUCUUGAUGGGUCGAACCUUGGACAAUGCAAUGCUCAACGUCGGUCUCAAGAAGGUCGCCAAAGAGGGCCUCGACGAUCUAGGUUUCCGCAUCGAAGAUGUCAUAAACCAAGAACACGAUGCGGCUUUAGGAAACGGUGGUCUUGGUCGAUUGGCAGCUUGCUUCCUCGACAGUCUCGCUUCAUUGAACUACCCCGCAUGGGGCUACGGCCUUCGAUACAGAUACGGUAUUUUUAAGCAAGAUAUCGAGAACGGAUAUCAGGUCGAGAUUCCAGAUUACUGGCUGGACUUCAACCCGUGGGAAUUUGCCCGACACGAUGUGACAGUAGACGUGCAGUUCUAUGGCUGGGUCAACAAACACACCGAUGACGACGGUAAACAGGUGGUGUCCUGGCAAGACGGCGAACUUGUCACUGCGGUGGCUUAUGAUGUUCCUAUUCCAGGGUAUGGAACUUCGACCGUGAACAACCUGCGUCUCUGGUCCAGCAAGGCCUCGAGUGGCGAGUUUGACUUCUCCAAGUUCAACUCGGGUGACUACGAAAGCGCGGUGGCCGACCAGCAACGUGCCGAAACCAUCUCAGCGGUGUUGUACCCAAAUGACAACCUCGAGAGGGGAAAAGAAUUGCGUCUGAAGCAGCAAUAUUUCUGGUGCGCCGCAUCUCUCCAUGAUAUCGUGCGCCGAUUCAAGAAGACUCAGCGGAAAUGGUCCGAGUUUCCCGACCAAGUUGCAAUCCAACUGAAUGACACUCACCCAACCCUUGCGAUCGUGGAGCUGCAACGCAUCUUGAUUGACAAGGAGGGACUGGAAUGGGAUGUGGCCUGGGGUAUUGUCACCAAGACCUUUGGGUACACUAACCACACGGUUUUGCCUGAAGCAUUAGAAAAGUGGUCGGUCCCAUUGUUCCAAAACCUUCUCCCUCGUCACUUGCAAAUCAUAUACGACAUCAAUUUGUUCUUCCUGCAAGGAGUUGAGCGUCGCUUCCCCAAGGAUCGCGAGAUGUUGGGCAGAGUUUCAAUCAUCGAGGAGUCGCAGCCCAAGAUGGUUCGCAUGGCAUAUCUCGCGAUCGUCGGGUCUCACAAGGUCAAUGGUGUCGCCGAAUUGCAUUCGGAUCUGAUCAAGACUACCAUCUUCAAGGACUUUGUCAAAAUCUAUGGCCCGGACAAAUUUACCAAUGUAACCAACGGUAUCACGCCUCGGAGAUGGCUGCACCAGGCCAAUCCCCGCCUCUCUGAGUUGAUUGCCUCGAAACUGGGAGGCUAUGAUUUCUUGAAGGACCUGACCCUCCUGAACAAGCUUGAGCCCUUCGUUGACGACAAGGACUUCAAGAAGGAAUGGGCAGAGAUCAAGUAUGCCAACAAGGUCCGACUUGCACAACACAUUCUCAAGACCACCGGGGUCAGCGUUAACCCCAAGGCUCUCUUCGACGUCCAGGUGAAGCGGAUUCACGAAUACAAGCGACAGCAGCUCAACAUAUUUGGGGUGAUCCGCCGCUAUCUCACCAUCAAGGCCCUGAAACCAGAAGAGCGCAAGAAAGUCUUGCCUCGGGUGUCCAUCUUCGGUGGCAAGGCUGCUCCCGGAUACUGGAUGGCCAAGACCAUCAUCCAUCUCAUCAACAAAGUUGGAGAGGUUGUCAACAAUGAUCCCGACGUUGGAGACCUGCUCAAGGUCAUUUUCAUUGAAGACUACAAUGUCAGCAAGGCCGAGAUCAUUACGCCAGCCUCGGACAUCAGCGAGCAUAUCUCCACUGCAGGCACCGAAGCCUCAGGAACGAGCAACAUGAAGUUUGUACUGAAUGGAGGCCUGAUCAUCGGCACACUGGAUGGAGCAAACAUUGAAAUCACUCGGGAGAUUGGAGAGCAGAACGUCUUCUUGUUCGGCAAUCUUUCAGAGGAUGUUGAGGAUCUCAGACAUAAUCACUUUUAUGGUGAAUCUCAUGUCGACCCUGAACUCGCCAAGGUGUUUGAUACCAUCAAAGCUGGGACCUUUGGCGAUGAAGGUGCUUUCAGCGCCCUCAUCGCCGCCAUUGCGGAACACGGCGACUAUUACCUUGUUAGCGACGAUUUCCACAGCUACUGCAGUACGCAGGAUCUCAUCGACGAGUCAUACAAAAACCAAGACGAAUGGUUGAGCAAGUCGAUCUUGAGCGUGGCCAGAAUGGGCUUUUUCACGUCGGACCGAUGCAUCAACGAGUAUGCCGAUAGCAUCUGGAACAUCGAGCCUCUCCAGGUCAAGGACGAGGAUGAGGUCAGGGCACGAACUGGACUUGCCAACUAG